GUUGGAAAGCAGUUAGGUAUUUACCUAGUCAUUUGCAGCUGAACCGAUUUGAAGAAUGUUGGCGAUAUGGAUUUUAUGUUCCGGCUUCUCGUUUAUGGUUUCAGGUGCUAUGAUCAACGAUUUAGUCCAGUCUGGACAGCAAGCAAUGGUGCCGCAGAAUCUUGUGCUACCUUUCCUGAAUUACAAUAUGGGAAACAAAGGCACUCUAAAUGACCCCAUCAAUGAUUUGAUCGCGGCUGGACAACAAGCAUGGGUACCACAGAAUGUUGUGCCACUCUCACCAAAUCACAAAAUAGGAAACAUAGUUACACCAAACAACCCUAUCAAUGGUUUAGCCGUGGCUGGACAACCAGCGAUGCCACAGAAUCUCGUGCACCCUUUUUUAAAUAACAACAUAGGGAACAGAGGAACUUCAAAGAACCCUCCACUGCAAGCGACAGAUACUCCGAAAAAUCUAGAAAAUUGUCCAAAUGCAGCCAUUUUGUUCAAUAUCCUUAACAUACUGACCAACUCAUUACCAAAAGAUGGUAAAUCGAUGUCGGAACCCGAAAAAUUCAAGUACGUAUUAACAGUUGUUAAGAAUUUUCUAGAAACAGCACCUUUUGAUCCAGCAAAUCUAGAAUUAUAUACAAGAUUCAGUAAUAUAGAAACAAAGGUGGAUACAAUUUAUGGUACUUUAAAAAAAUCAAGUUUACGAGCACAAUAUGAUUUGCCACUGGCACAAAGUGAUUUUAAUUGUAAGGAUAUAUUCCACAAUCUUAUCAAUUUUAUUAAUACAGCUUAUUCUCAAGUAUUGAAAUAUUGUUUAGAAAAUGAAAAAUGUAAUAAUAAAAAUGAAAAUACUCAUUUUCCAUACAUAUCAACUGGAGUUAAUCAAUUAAAUCCUAAUAUGCCACAUCAAAGAAAUUUAACGCAUAAUAUUUGGUCAGAACAUCACAAUUUGCCACACUCGACUAAAGAUGGGACUGGAAAUAGUAUUAUGCCUAAUCUUCAACAUUACAGACUAAGUGGAGUUACUUAUACACCCGGAAAUAACUUGAAGAAUCCCCAUGGUAUGCAAUAUCCUCUACUUUAUGCUAAUCCAGAAAGCAUUCAAGUGCCAAGCUUUAAGCCGCCUAUGGAAGUUAUUAAUGGAAAAAAUCCGAAUUUACAACCAAAUAUCAACUAUAUUAACACAAUUGGACUUAAAGGAUUGCCAGGAAUUGCGUAUGAAAAUCAACAAAACGUAAAAUUCUUAACGCAAAAGUUUUAUGAAGGAAACAACCUAGCUGUAUCGAAUUCCAUAAAUCCCAGUGUCAAAAAGUCAUUGUAUUUUGCUAAUGGAAAUACAGUUCCAUUUAACACUGGUGUGCCGAAUGCAGAUCCAUAUGAAAUGAUCAACAGUAACCCAAAUAUUAUAAAGAACCCGAACCUUCUUAUAGAUCCUACAAAGCAAAACUUUAAUCAGCAGAAAAAUUUACUUGAUACAAAUAUAAAGAUAAUCCAGACAGAAAUGGCCAGCCCAAUAAAUAAAGUACCGAAUUCUGUUGAGAACAAUGGUAUAUCGAAUAUGCAAAAUCUUCAAGAUUUGCACAAUCUAAAGAUCCAAUCUAGUUUGCAGCAGAAUGUUCCGUAUACAAACCCUAAUUUUCCGCAACAAUCAUUUGAUCUUAAUCAGUACCGGCCUGCAUUGCAAGUAAACAAUCAAUUCCAUGGACAAGGUUUAGGUUUUAACCAAAUUUCUCCAUUUGUUUCUUACGAUGCAAAUUAUAAUAAUGGACAAAGCAUGAUUACUGAUAACACAAAUUAUGGUGGAAUGUUUGAUUUAAAUAGCUUAUUAGGUGUAACGAAUUUAAGUAAAUUGAAUGCGAUCCCACAUAAAAACGGUGUUGUAGAACUGACUUACAUGCUUAAAAAACCGAAGCCAGUUUAUGAAUCCCAAUAUUAUGUCAAAUAUCGGCUGCCCUAUCAGACUUUCCUUUAUAACUUACAAAAUAUAUUAGCAAAGAAGCCAAAUUUGAGAAAUGAACCUAGCAACCCAAACCAAGAUUUAUUAGUGGGAUCUAAUGUAACGGAUGCAUCAAAAGAUUUGAAAGGGUUAAAUUACGAGGACAUACUUGAACUAACUGCAACUAAUGGUACUUUGGUUACUGCGAAAAUUUUGGAAAGUAAUGACACUGAAGCUGACAAAACUCUGAAGCUUGUUCAGGAAUUAAAUUCUAAACUACCGGUGGAGAAAAUUAUUAGUUUGAACGUUAAUGCCACUAGGAAUCUACGUUUGGAAACUCAGAAAAAUAUAAAUGGUAGUGAAAACAAUUCAAAAGCUGGCAAUAAUUUAUUGAAUAAUGUUAAUCAUAUAUCACCUGAUGUACAAAGAAGGGGUGUUUAUCCCCAAUAUCCGUUCAAUACGUUUGUUCAAAAUCCCUCGAGGCUUCAGAUCAAUCCAUAUACUGUUUAUCAAAAUAAACCAGUGGGAUAUCUUGGGAUGCCACUUUUAAAAUACGGCACUGGCUUAAGAGCAAACAUUAUGAAUAAUCCCAUAUUGAACCCCACAUACAUAGCUAAUCGACAAUUUGGAAGAUAAUUCUUUGGAAGUCUGCUGCU